ACCUUCCAUCCACGACGUCGUCAAAGCGUACAACGACGAACUCGAACUCUAUUCCUCAACGUUACGACGACUACCUGAUGGCAACCAAAGCUCAACAUUCAACAGGGAGAUGGGAAUGUGCCCAGCAACAACAAAGUGUCUGCUAUCAAGCUCAAGCAAGCAUGACCCUUGAGUUGCCAUUAGCUCAUGACAAAGAUAACCCGUAUCUUGCGCAUCAUUAUAAUGGGAGCAGGACCCGAGCCUGCACCAAGUAGCUACACUCACGCAAACUCGGCAUAUUCACCGAAUCAGCCACAACUCCACUAUGCCUCCUCUUCACCAGCUGAUGAACGAUCUGUUCAUUGGAAGCUACUGGCCUCUCACGCGAAUUCUACGGCAUCGAAUUGCUCCACUGCAUCAGCUUCGUGUACGUCUAACCUCAGGACGAAUCAGACCUUGUUUGGCGUUGGUGGGUGGCUGCAUAACGCUUAGGGAUAUAUCAUGUUUUCAGCGAGACCAAUCAAGCUCAAAUCGGUAUUCGACCUGAUCCAAGCAGCGGAAAAGGCAGGCAACCAAAGUCCGGAGGAGAAGAAGAGGUUGGAGGAACAGGCGGCUGCCAAGAAGAUGUCACAGGCGUUGUUCAAGGGAACGAAACAAGAAGUCGAAUAUAUCCUCCGCGAGACGUGCGACCGCCUCCCCUCCGAUUCUGCUAUACUACGCGAAAAGGCGCUGUUGAGGGCUGUGGCACUGCAGAUCCUUAGAGAGGCGUGAAUGAAUGUUAAAAAGGACGCGCCUGAGCCUGGGAGCGAUUAUGGGAAGAUUGAUAUGAGGAGUAGUCGCGUGAGGGAGGACGGAAGGACAUGAGCGGCCCAAUAGUUGUGUUCAUGAAUAUCAUCCCAGAAUAAACCAUGUUUUUGUGUACUUUACAUUUGGAGACAGU